GGAUGCUGUGGAGCAUUGACGAUAUUACCCUUGUUGAUAGUCAGGUAGUCACCCUAAGACAUGUUUUGUUGCACUGCUCUUGAUUGGAGAGGUCAAGGCGCAGUGGCCCGACCCUUUGCUACAGCUACACGAAAUCCUGCAGCUUUGCUACUUGGCGGCGAAGGUUCGAAUAACUGUCCGGCUUCAACAGGGGGAUAUUUUGAACGCGCAGAGUUCGAAUGCUGGUAAUUAUGAUGCAAUUGAAGG